UCGUCACAGCAACAGAAAGCCGCGAUCAAACAACCCCUUGAAUGUUCACGUUGAGCUUUUAAGUCGAAUGAAUUUAUGUUAAUGGAUAGAAAUGACUCAAAGGGAUUUGGAAAAAAAAUUUUUAUCUAGAAAAUUGUCUACUGCUACAGCCGAAGAUCUCAAAAAUGAAGCAUUCAGGCGUAAAAUCGUCGAGAGUAGCAUUGAAAUAAGAGAACUGGAGUCUAAAUUGAAAAUGGCAUACAUUCUGAAAGAACGAAAGAAACAGCUGGAUGAAAAAGAAUCAAUCAGAGUUAUGGAAAAGGUAAUGACCUUGCAAGAGAGGGAGGAAACAGAAAAGCAGUUAAAAUUGGACCAUGAAUUGGAAAUCAGAAAACUGCUGUAUGAAAAGUGGAAGAAGGAAAAGUAUUGCCAGGAGCUGGUGAAACAAGCAGAACAAUACAGGGCUGCUAAGCAGCUUGAGUUGAUGAAGGAACGAAAACUGGAUGACAUGUACUUGCAAGAGAUCCUCAUGGCUGAACUGAGAAGAGAACGACAGGAACGAGAAGAUCGAGAGAGGAAGAAGCGCCGUCUAGCAGAAGAAUUGGACAACUGCAUCAGACUACAGAAUCAAUGGAAAGCGAUCCAGAAAUUGAUUGAAAUGGAAGAAGAUAGAUUGAUUGAAGAAUGUCAGGUCCAGCGACGUCGGUUAAGUCACAUGCAACAACAAGAACGGAAAGAAAAAGCAGAUAAACUUGCAGCCAUCCGCCAACAGCUUCAAAAAGCCUUGGAAGUCGAGGAGCGCCGGCGCCGUGAAAGAGAAGAAUUAUGGGUCGAGUACGGAUGCGAGGAGAGAGAGGACCUGGAAACGAAAAAGGCCGCGGAAUUGGAGAAGAUGACCCAAGCCCAGCGUAUCAAGUGGAAUGAAGACAUGACAGAACAAUUGCGCCUACUUGAGCUGAAGAAGAAAGCUAUGAAAGAAGAAGAACUCAACGAACGAUUAUGGAUGUUGGAGCAAGCCGCGCUGGAGGAACAAGCCGAACGUGAAGCCGCUGAUAAAAGGCACAAGGAUCUCACGCAAUUGCAAAAAGAACAAGCGGCAUUGCUUGAAGAGCGACGCCAACAGAGGAAACUCGAAUUCGCCGAAAAAGAGGAAGAACGUCGCAGGGAAGAGAUGCGCCAACAGGCCGAAGAUCAGGCCAUCGCCGAGGAGAGACGACGAAUCUUGGAGCAACACGCACCACUGUUGAUUGGUUUCAUGCCACCUGGCGUAUUCCGCGACAUGGCCGAAAUCAGAUCGUUGCCUGAAAAUGUUCAGGCCCAAUUUCGGCGACACGUCCGCAUUCAAGACGACCCUGAUCUGUGGUGAUGUUUAACUUCCCUAAACUAUAUACCCUUAAAGAUUGAUCUCUUCCUCGAUUUCUUUCGUUUUUUUCAAUAAUUUUGGUUAGAUUUCAAUUUAAACUUUUGUUUGAACUGGAACAGUUGCCGUGAAUGUCUCAGGCCAGUUCAUUUCUUUAAAAAUCACGCAUCAUUCUUUUUUUGAUCUCUUAAUCAGCCUCAGUCCCCUGUAAAUGGCAUUGAUAUUUCUUCAACUAAUACUUCCACUGAUAUUUCUAAAUUUCUUCAAACUGUAAGCAUCUAACAUUGCACUUCAUCCUCCCUGCCCUAUCUGAUUGUCUUUCUCAAAGUUUAAAGGGUAUUACUUCUAAUUAUUUCAGUUUAAUUCAGUGGCUUAUCAUGAGAUGUGUCGAAUGUUGUCUUAAUCUUCCCCUCUGCUUAGUUUUCAACAAAUAGUUUUUCAGUGAGCAAACGCUUGUUAUCAUUUUAUUCUUCAAGCUUUGUUUAGUUGAAAGGACAUCGAGCGGCCAUCGGUGAAGGUGAUUUCCUGGACCAGCUCUUGUCAGUAGUUUAAUGCUUUGCGCCUGACAUUCAGCACGUGCGCUUAUUUUUGUAUUGGUUUGUAUUUAGAAAUUUUUUAAAAUAUUUUAAUAUCGAUCUUUGACGUAAAUAUUUAUCGUUGACUUUGAUUCAACACAAAAUAAAAAGACAAUCGCACAGAGUAGCAAUCAAAAGACCCUAGGCCUAUGUGACUUUUGAACUUGGGCAGAGUUUUGUACUCUACGCAUGUAGUCCUUGUCGGGUGUGACAAAAAUAUCGUCCGAAAUAACCCUCCCUAACGAGUAACGACGACAUGUUAUCUCUGAUUUUGGUUUAAUCAAAUAAAUCUUAACUAAUUGUAACUCGAGAUUUGGAGAUUUUUAAACUAAAUGCCCCACGUAUUCCCGACACGUAUUUCCACGUCAGAAUUCUAAACUAAACAGCCAAAUGAAUUAAUAUAGUAAAUAUUUUCUGCUUCAAACAGGACGCGAAUAUCCAAAUACCCUAGCAAAUUAUGCGGAUAUUUAUUGCAAGAGGCUAUUCUUGAAACAUAUUCCGAUAAAAGCAACCGUCAAGAACAUCAAAACGUGCUCGGCAUCACGUACUACCCUUCUUCUCCCGACACAUGACCCGAUAGUUCAAAAACAUUUCAAAUGUAAGUCUAGGCUUAGCAUUACUAUUUGACUUGUUUACAUGGUAAUGAUCACGUGAACCUCGGCUACUGCCUUCCAUCUCUAAUUCCCAUCCGAAAAUCUGCGAGUAUAAAAGUCAACUGGAAAUGUUAGAGAACUUCUCUAACAUCGCCACUCUAACGGUCGCCAGCGUGUCUGCAACCACCACGACCACCGUCACCACUUCCGUCACCACCGUCUCGGCCGAUGAUGACAGCGAGGGUGGAAUCUCGUUGAGCGCUCACGACCGCAGCGUCAUCCGCAAGACCUGGGACCAGGCCAUAUGGAGAGACGGAGAUGUUCCUCCUCAGAUUCUUUUCCGCUUCAUCAAGGCCCAUUCCGAAUACCAGAAGAUGUUCAGCAAGUUCGCCAGCGACCCCCAAAACGAAUUGUUGACGAACUUAUAGAAAUCACCAAAUUUGGAAAGCCAUCCGCUCACCAAAGAGGCGAAAUGCACGGACGAAGAAAUCAAGGAGAUAUUACAUAAUCUUAACUCUGAAGUCGCUGCUGUCGUCGAUGAACCCACCACCGCCUCAAAGUGGAAGAAUCACUGCGCUGCUAUGCUUCAUUUCAGCUGCUUCUUUUGGUCGGUGGCCUCGUCCAUUCCGACUGGCGGAUUACGCCCGUUCUCUUGAUCUGAUGGAAUAUUACAUCAUCAUGCUGAGCACCAUGGGGGACAGGAGAUCUCAUAUAUGCCGUUUAGUUAUAGGGCCGCUCAUCACCGUUUGGAAAUUAGACGUCACGAAAUUGUACGCCAUCUCGCAGAUUGCCUGCGCCAUAACAAUUGCUUCCUUUCCAACCGUGGUGAACUGCGUCCAGCUCUCGUUCCGCGUGCGCUUUUCGGAAGUGAAAAUUUGAAUCGAAUCUUCGGCGUCUCUAUGUUUUUCGGAGGGAUUGGCAUUCUUAUUGGUCCACCGAUCGCAGGACUUAUUGUGGAUAUCACGCCAGGUCGCUCUUAUUGGUUGGCCUUUGUCUUCGCUUCUGUUAUGGAACUUUUAUCGGCAAUCGCCACAAUAGGCGCGCGCUGUUCUUCGCUAAUCCAAAAUGAAGUCUUUCCAAAAAUUGAAUAAUUUCUGGUUUGUUGAAAUUAAGUGAGAUUUAUUUGUUUCCUUGGUUAAUUGGACAUUCUCCACAUGUUAUGGACAAUUACAGAUUUUUUUCAAAAAUA